GAUUGUGCGGAGGGAUCUGAUAGGGACGGACUACACCCAGCCGCCGCCUCACUGCCCUGUCGGCUUUCUUUGCUGCCCCGGCUUUGCGUUGGUCAACGUCGAAGUGUGGGUUAGAUUGGAGACUCUAAACUCAUUUUAGGCAUUUAUUCCUCCCUCCUGACUGUCGCCUUUUUUUUGGUAGUCGCAUCGCCAACGCUUCAGUUUUUUUUAAAUAUAAAUAUUAUCUUGAGUAUGUCUUGGCAAAGCUACGUGGAGAACCUGAUGGCCGACGGCAGCUGUCAGGAUAGCGCCAUUGUUGGGUAUACUGACGCCAAGUAUGUUUGGGCAGCGCAUCCCGGUGGCAUUUUUAACAACAUUGCGGUUCAGGAAAUUGACGUCCUUGUUGGUAAAGACCGGGAGACUUUUUACACCAACGGUCUCACUCUGGGCUCAAAGAAGUGUUCAGUCCUCAGAGACAGCCUCCAGGACGACGGGGACUGGACAAUGGACAUCAGGACAAAGAGCCAGGGAGGAGAGCCUACAUACAAUAUUUCUGUAGGAAAAGCUGCAAAAGUAUUGGUUUUAGUCAUGGGAAAGGAGGCGAUCCAUGGUGGAGGUCUGAACAAGAAAGCACACACAAUGGCUGAAUACCUGAGGAAGUCUGGAUAUUAAGCCCCUCCGCCACCCCUCAUCCUCGCAGCCCACCCUUUACGAUGUGUUGACACUACUUCUGGGACACGGUGGCAUGCAGCGGUACUUACCCAGUCUACUUUCAUCCACAGCCUUUUGUUGGCCCACUUUACCAUUGUGCUUCUCAUGGUUCUGAUACUACAGUUAUGGUAUGUUCAUUGAGAUGUUUAUUAACCAGACGUGUUCAAAAGUUAAAGUUAAACAAAUUUGYACUGGCUUUACACUUAACAUCAGCAGGCUCCAGGAGGGGAAAUGUUACGGUGGUCUCAGUUCGAAAAUGUUUGCCUUUUUUUGAUCAUUAUUCCAAUUGGCACCUGUUCCCUCUGCCUAGUGUCGUAGCCAAAACCUUUAACUUUUCAGUGUUUGCCUCCCUCAUCGGUAAAUCAUGGUUUCAGUAAAGAAACCAGACUUGUCCUGAAGUCUUGAAGUGCAGUAGAUUCUGCUGUUGAAUGUGAUCUCAGUUCUAAAGUCAGCGUUACAGAAACUCAUCCCAUCCUGAAGUCUCAGUGGACAUCCCAUCUCUGAUGGCUCCAACACACCAGUUCUCUUCUGCUGUUUUUUUUAUUUUUCUGUAAAUCUCGACACACUUGUAAGUUUUUCCCGCCCCGUUCGGACCAAUUUGCAUUUGAAGAGGCUUACCAGAGUUCCUUCAGCUCCUUGUAGAGACGUGUUGUCUGUAAACCACUGAGACGACUUCAGACAGCUGUGCAACAUGUAACUGCUUCUUUAGACUGCAACACUAAAAUGUUUCUUUUGUCACGAGAACAUCAUUAGUUACUAAAACAGUGUCAUUUAUUUUUUAUUACCCCCCAACAGUAUGAAUGCGUUGACUGUAAACCAAGGCUGCUGGGCUCCAACACCUUGGGUUUAUUUGCCUUGUGCUUUUAGUCAUCAAAGGUGUAUUCUCAAAUCGUCAUAGUAUGGUACUUUAGAAAAAAAAACUAUUUAAAUGAUGCUGUGUACACUAAACAUAUUGAAAAUGGUGUUGGUUGGAAUAAGAACAUUUGUAAGUUGUCUUGUGAAAUUUUUCUGAGAAUAACUGUGUAUUUUGUGCCAUAAAAAUUAAUAUCUGAUCCACUUAUGAGUUGGAAUUUAUAUCUGCUGCCCCGGCAAGAAAUAACUUUUAAUGGCACCUUCUGAAGGGAUAUUUUAUCGUCCAUGAUCUCGGAUCUCCAGACUUUGUGGAAUAUGUCCAAAAUUAAAAAGAAAAAAAAAAAAACAAUUAAAAGUUUGCAAUAUCU